AGCACGUGACCGCGCCUUCAUAAGCGUCGAGCAGGGAAGCGCAGCGGCAGCGACGCGACGCGACGAGACGAUGAGUGCAACCGUUCAAGGCCUGAUGUUGGGGAACCUGCUGCUCUUCUCCCUGUGUGCCAGGGCGGCAGCCAUGUUUGACAGCAGGCUGGACGUGCACUGGGAUCUGUGGAAGAAGACGCACGAGAAGACGUACCAAAAUGAGGUGGAGGAUGCGAGCCGCAGGGAAUUGUGGGAGAAGAACCUGCUGCUCAUUACCAUGCACAACCUGGAGGCCUCGAUGGGACUUCACACCUACGAACUGGGCAUGAACCACAUGGGAGACAUGACGCCUGAGGAGAUCCGGCAGUUGUUCGCCACACUCAGUCCUCCCACUGACAUCCAGAGGGCACCAUCUGCCUUUGCUGGGACAUCAGGCGCUGCUGUACCAGACACCAUGGACUGGAGAGAGAAGGGCUGUGUCACCAGCGUCAAGAUGCAGGGUUCUUGUGGCUCCUGCUGGGCCUUCAGUGCUGUAGGGGCCUUGGAGGGCCAGCUGGCCAAGAAGACAGGGAAGCUGGUGGACCUCAGCCCCCAAAACCUGGUGGACUGUUCAGGCAAAUACGGCAACCACGGCUGCAACGGUGGCUUAAUGCACUAUGCCUUCCAGUACGUCAUCGACAACCAGGGCAUCGACUCUGACGCUUCGUACCCCUACGUAGGACGUGGACAACAGUGUCGCUACAACCCAGCGUACCGCGCCGCCAACUGCUCCCGGUACAGCUUCCUGCCGCAGGGGGACGAGCAGGCUCUGAAGCAGGCGCUCGCCACCAUCGGACCCAUUUCAGUGGCGAUUGACGCCACACGGCCCAGAUUUACUUUCUACAAAAGCGGAGUGUAUGAUGAUCAGUCCUGCAGCCAGAAAGUCAACCAUGGGGUGUUGGCUGUGGGCUACGGCACGCUGAACGGACAGGACUACUGGCUGGUAAAGAACAGCUGGGGAAGUAGGUUUGGAGACGAGGGCUACAUCCGAAUGGCACGUAACAAGAACGACCAGUGUGGCAUCGCUCUGUACGCUUGCUACCCCAUCAUGUAGCUGCAGAGGGAACUGACAUGAAUCUGUUGUAAAAUUAAGUUCCCUCUUCUCUUUUGUAUACAAUGUUUUUACAGAUUGAUUUUAUCUUGAUAGUAACAUUUUCUACCUGUUUCUUCUUUUUAUGCACUUUUUGACAAAAGCCAAAAAUGGCAAAUUGUUAAAUACUAUGUUUUUAAAUCAUUGAACUUGUAAGACUGUACAUGUUUGUUUGUGUCUGACUGUGUGCUUACAUCACUAAUAAAGAGACAGGUGCGCGAGGCUCAGCCACUGAGAGACAUGCCAGGUGUCGAUCGAUAUAUCAGUUGAUCGAUUAACCCGAUGUCGGCCUUUCAGUAAAUAUCAGUUCUGAGUUCUGUGUCGUUUACACCAGCAGCUUCAGGUUUGUCAGUCUGUUCAAUCUGCCGUGAAAACUGCCUGAAAGGAUUCCACUCACUCUUUAGGAAAUUGGCUUGUUGGUCAAUUUAGCUUUUACAUGUUACGACAGAAGGAACGCCCAAAUCAAUACAUGUGUCUCUGGCAAAUAUCUCUGUCCUGUGCACAUGCUCAUGUGAUAGCAUGUCCUAAACUAGCAGCCUGCAGCCAAGUAGCCUUGUCUCGAGCAAGAAGAAAAGCCUUUUAGUGUUUUUAUUUGGAGCCACUUUUCCAAAAAGUCAGUUACAUCGAUACCACUCUCAGAUCUGUCUGUUGAAUGUGAAGCUACAGCCAGAUGCUAGUUAGCUGAGCUUAGCAUCGAGACAGGAAGCAGUGGGCCCUGUCUGAAUAAAAUGUAAAUGUUUAGCUUCCAGCAGCUCUGAGGCUCACUAAUCAACAUGUCACGUCUCACUGUAAACACGACAACUUGUAGUUUUACAGAGGGAUCAUGUGCAGCUUUAGAGGUGUUCUUUACCUUUGGACAAAGCCAGGGUUUCCCGAAGCUAACUGGCUACUGCUAAAGUUCAUAUUUAGCUUGCAGGCUUUACCAAUAAGAGAGUAAAUAUGCAUAUUUUUUACCUAUUUCUGUACAAGCUGCUAACCAAAGAAUGCCAGUAGUAUGGGUCUAUGUCAGCCAUGUCCAAACUAUUCCAUAAAGGGCCGUGUGGCUGCAGGUUUUCGUUCCAACCAAUGAGGAGCACACCAGGCCAACCAAUCAACAUCAAGGGAUCCCUUAGUUAUCAGCUGAAAAGUGAGAUCAGCUGAUUAAAUGAGUCCAGCCUGGUGCGCUCCUCCUUGGUUGGAACGAAAACCUUCAGCCACACGGCCCUUUAUGGAAUAGUUUGGACAUGCCUGGUCUAUGUCUUUCAAUCAAUUUAUUGAUUGAAUGUUUAAGGCUUCUUGAUCCUGGAAAGAGUAAAAUAUUGAAACAUUUUAAUCUCUUAAACCCUGCCAGUUCCACCCGUGGCCCAUCUUUAGAAAGCCAUGUGUGGAUAAGCAUUGUUUCAACAAAUAAAACUUAAUUUUAAAUUGUUAUUUUAAAAACUCCCCCAAAAUACCAAGUGUUUAAGGCUGAAUUUGGGAAAAAUGUAUAAAGUUUUGAACACAGGAUCUGGAUAUUUGCAUUUGAUGUUGAAGAAAUUCUACAAGUCUUUGUUUUGAAUAUUUUCAUGGAGCAUAAUUGUGGUGAAAGAAUCAAAUAUUGAAUAUAUACUAUUUUGGAUGAGAAAUAAAGGAAUUUGGGGUGAA